UUUUCAGCACGUUUUGAGUCAGUUUGUUCAGAUUGAUGAGUCAGAAAGAGAAUGGAAAAUGCGAGAAGAUUGGGGAAGAGUUUUCAGGUUUUGGCUACAAACAAACCAAUCGCGUGUUUGUUCCAAACAUUUCAGGAGCAAGGAUUACUUUCCUGCCAAAGCCCAAAGAUGAAUAAGCGUCCGAGACCUAAUCUCGGUAUUGCGGUGCCGUCCGUUGUCGAGUCGAGCAGCAAGGCGUCAAGAAAAUAGAGACAGAGAAGCCUCGGAACAAACUAAUAGAAUGAAUGAAAUGCAAGAAGGCUAUUUACAUUUUUAAUAACAAUAAAAACAGUUUUAAUUGAA